AGCCUGUCUAGCCCCAUGAGAUAAAAGACUUUCUAUGAUAGUCUUGCUGAGGUUCCUGUGCCGGCAAUGAGCUGAAAAGCUGAACUAAGAAGUGCUGCAACCAUAGACACUGCCUGCGGUGACAAGGACCUGGUGGAGGAUGGCAAAGCGGCUUCUGGUGGCCGUGGCUCUCUGGGCUCUAGGAGGCCCUGUUGGGCUCCACCAUCUUUACCUGGGCCGGGAUAACCAUGCCCUCUUGUGGAUGCUGACUUUGGGGGGCUUUGGCAUUGGGUGGCUCUGGGAGCUGUGGCUGCUGCCUGGUUGGGUGGACCAGGCCAACCAUCCUCUGGAAGUGCCUAGUGAUGGACAACCACCCUGGAGCUUUGUGCGCUUCCUUGGCCAAGCCUUCGUCGGUGUCUACUUUGGGCUAGCGGCCCUCCUUGGGCUCUCAACCUUGCCUGGUUUUUACUUUCUGGCUCUCCCCCUGGCUGUAGGACUUGGAGUUCACUUAGUGUCUGUUGUGGGCGAUCAAGCCUCCGAUCUUCAGGCUACUUUGAAAGCUGCUUUCCUCACUGCACCAGUCUUUUAUGGCCGCCCGGUGGCCAUCUUGCCCAUCACUCUCACGACGAGUGUGACGGCCCAACAUCACCGGCGCUUCAAAGCCAGCAGGGGAACCUCUGAGAAGCUGAGUGGCAGACUGUACCGACUUGGCCUGGCCUACUUGGCUUUCACGACACCGCUGGCCUACUGUGCCUUGUACAACACAGCAGCCACCGCCACCUACAUAGCCGGCACUGUUGGUGCCGCACUGGAUUGGCUCAGUGUCUUUCCGUCACUGAGCUGCCUCUUGGAAUCAGCACUUCUCCUGCCCUACAAUGCCUGGAAGCUGCUGGGCUUUGGAGGUGGCUCCUUCCAGGAGUGGGAGAAAGUUUUUGCUUUCAUGCAGUCUUUCCAGAGCGAGAGGCAGCAGAUGGCCUACAAGGUCUUGGGCAUUCAUGAGGAUGCCACUCCUGAAGAAAUCAGCAAGAGCUACCGAGAACUUGUGAAGCUUUGGCAUCCAGAUCAUAAUCCGCAUCGGGCAGCGGAGGCUGAGAGACGUUUCAUUGAGGUGCAGGCUGCCUAUGAGCUCCUUACGCAGAUGAGGAAAUCCAAAACUGUUUGAAUGGAUGUGAGAUGCUUCCUGAACUCUGCUACAUGGCUGGGGAUCACAGCAUAAAUUUUGAAACACUGGUUUUCCAAGUUCAAGCUAGACUUGGUUAGGGUGGUACCUUGUCAAAUUGAUUUGUAAUGUGGAAGAAGCAACAGUUUGUAAAACCUACUGCCCUGAGCCACUCUCAAGCUUGGAAACUUAAGAUAUAACAUACCUCUCCAAUUUUUAUAUGCUGAAUAUUGGUGCCACCGGUUAUAGGACAUCCGUCUGCUGGAAACAUUGGUUUUAGAGAAUAGAAGCUACUUUUUUAAAAAACAGUCCCUGUUAUCUGUGAGGAGCUUUUCCCUGACACGUGACUCUUUCCUCCUCAUGCGGGGUUCUGUUGCGACUGGAACCAAAGGGGCUGGAGAACUUGCUGUGGGCACACAGAGGAGGAACAUUGUGUGUGUGGGGGGGGGCAGAGUCAUAGGCCCUCGUGCAGCCACAUACUUUAGAGGGAACCUUGCUUGUCAUUUUAUAUUGAAAAUGCCAGAUAACGAUGUCUUAAAUAAAAAAGAAGUUA